CCUCUCCGGGUGGUACAGUCCGAGCGCUGAGGCUCCGGCAUCAUGGCGGCGCUGUGCUGUGCGACCCUGCGGGGUGUUUGUGGCCGGCUGGCGGGGACAUCGGGGCUCAGGCACUUGUCGGGGACGUUUUCACAACUUGGAGUGAGCAGACCUGCUCUAUGGAAGUCGGUCCUGAACCCCCAUGUAACCAGCCAUGUAAGGAACGUGUCUGGAUUGUGGUCCACACAAAGACUCUACCUGCCUGCAAUAACUGGCCCGGCACCUGCCCAGCGCACAACCAUCCUCAGCCGGAUAAAACCGCUGCUUCCAUCCAUCCUUCAGCAGCCUUCAAGAACGGUCACGUAUCAUGGUGUGCGUGAAGGGAAGAGAAAGUCUGUGAAAGCUGUGGUUAAACGCUUCAUGCGCCUGCAUUGUGGACUGUGGAUCCGGAGAAAGGCUGGCUACAAGAAGAAGCUGUGGAAGAAGACGGCCGCCAGAAAGAACCGCCUGCGAGAAAUCGUCAUCUGUAACAAGACGCAGAGCAAGUUGCUGGAUAAAAUGACCACAUCCUUCUGGAAGAGGAGAAACUGGUACAUUGACGACCCCUACCAGAAAUAUCACGACCGCACCAACCUGAAAGUGUAGGCCCAGGCACCUGGCUCUCUCCUCUAUUGUACAUGAACUCUCUGCUAAAUGCAAUAAAGUCUAUAUAAUUAUGUAA